AUGCAUUUUUUUGAGGGUCAUUGUCGAUGUCAGGAUCGUUUCGAAGGAGUCUUCUGCGAGAGGGAACCUUGUUUAAAUGGUGGACGCCGCGCUAAAGGAUUUUUGAACAAUAAGUGCUACUGUCCCUAUGGCUUAACAGGUGAACGUUGUGAAAAAGUGACACAUUGCAUCGAAGGCAAGGGAACACUUAUCGACGGCAAAUGCAGAUGUGAAGAUCGGUGGUCAGGUUUAUUUUGUCACCUGAGAACGUGUUACAAUGGAGUCACCGUCGGCGGCGGAGAUGAAACUUUUUGCUUAUGUGACAUAGGCUACACUGGUCCCUUCUGUGAUUCGCCAAUAGUUUGUAUUCAUGGUACCAUAACUUCCGAAAAUAGAUGCAUAUGCGAGGAAAGAUGGGAUGGAAACGAUUGCAACAAAUGUGCUGCAAAUUAUCAAUACGAAAAUGGUUUAUGCAAGUCGGUGGUAACUGAAACCUCGCUGAUUAUCAAUGGCAAAAAAUCAGUCAUACUUUGGCCACUGAUCGCAGUUGGAGUUGGUGCAAUUGCGCUAAUUGUACUUAGCGCUUUUGUUUUUGUAUAUUUUAUAAAGAAUCAUCAUGCCAAAUCUUCUUUACCGAAUUCUGAAUCUGGGACAGAUGUGUGA